AUGGCAUCGCAAGGACAGGAGGUCUUUGGGAGGUUCCCCCAGGUCCACCUCAGAGCCUCAGACAGGUCGGGGUCACUUCAGACAGAGGAGACCCGACCAAUCUGCUCCAAACAGAACCAAGGGGAGAACCAAGGGGAGAACCAAGGGGAGAACACGACGACGAACUGUCCAGUGCAGUCUUCUGUCAUCAGGAGGUGGUACUGGUACAACCGCAGACCCAGAACAUGGGAGGAGGCCCAUAAGUUCUGCAGGAGGUACAAUCUUCGACUGUGCUCCAUAGAUCAUAGUCUGUACUUGUCUCUGGACAGAGUUGCUCCACUCCAGGAAGUGCUCGUGGGCGUGAUUGGGCUCCAUCGGCUCAGGGAACACGAUGCUUUUCUGGCCACAGUGCGGACGGACAGCGACAUUUCUGGGAUGAACAUGAACUCCUACAGCGCUUGGUUCGGCCUGAAGAAGACGGGGACAGACUGGGAGUGGGUCUAUGGGAGUAAUGUAGACGGCAUGAGCAAUGUGUCUAUGUCGACUCCAGCUCCUUCACAGAGCAGCGGCGGGUCGGGCGGCGGAGGGUCGGGCGGCGGGGACCCGGACUGGUGGUGGAAACAAUAUGUGUUUGUCCAAGAUGAACCUGAGAGCGGAGAGGCCUGUGGGAAACUCGUGUACUCAGAAGUGAGGGCACACGGUGAUGAAUGUGGUGAGAAGCAUUUCGUUUUCUGUCAGGACUGGACGUGGCCGUUUUUCCAUUUCAUCCCUGAGACUAAAUCCUGGUCUGAAGGUCUGAAGUUCUGCACAGAUCAUCACCUCAGCUACAUGUUCAGGCUCACAGGGGCUUCAGUCUACACCCGAAACUUCCCCGUGUGGAUCCACUCAGACUACAGGACCACGGCCCAAAGUCCUGCUCCUGACCCAUCUUCAGACGUGUGCUUCGCUGUGUCGUCUCAGUCGAAGUCCAGGUCAGAGCACAGCUGCUCUGAGGCCUUCCCUGUUCUGUGCUACGGACACAAUGUGGUCCUGGUGCAGGAGCUUCUGGCCUGGGAGGAAGCUCUGGAGACCUGCAGGAACCUCACGCCCUCCAGCCACAGCUCUUCCUACAGGAUGCUCAGGUUGGAGCCUGACGAGCUGCAGUACGUCCUGAGCCACGCCCACAACGCCACCACCAGCAAGGUGUGGGUGGGUCUGCGGUUCCUGGGUGGUUCUUGGUUCUGGUCAGAUGGGGGCGCUGUCUCUCUGUCUUCUCUUCCUGUGUGUCCUGAGUCUGGACUUCACUGUGGAGCUCUGGUCCUCAAUGAAACCCCAGGAUCAGACCCGCUCAUAGAACCCAGCGACUGCAGCCAGACCCUCAAUGUGCUCUGUUAUGGAGAACCUUAGAACCCUCUGCUGUGGAGAACCU